UUUCUCAUUAAUUUCUUUUUUUAAAUAGUCUCGUUAUAAAAAUUUUAAGUUAGUAAAAUAGAUUUUUCUGGAAAAUUAUAAUUUUAUUGUCGUCUAAUUGAAAAAUCAACAGAUGCGUAUAUAUAGAGAGAGAGUUAGCGGUAAAAUAUAUUAUGAAUGUUUGUCGAAUUUUUUUCAUGAACCAGCUAAACAUGAUGAUUAUUGUGCAAAUAAAUUCCGUUAGUCAAUUUUUUUUUUUCGAACAGUUCCAAAGAACAUAAGACCAAAGUGAUUCAGUUUCAUUUGUAGACAUGUUUGAGGCAUUUUUGAUUUUAAUUUUUAUUGUAACAGCAAUUGUCACCGGUCAGAAUUUAAAUGACAAAUUUAAAAAUGACAAUUCACCGGGGGAUGAUGCAUUUUUUACAAAUGAAAUUUCACAAUCAAAUCGACAAGGGAGAUUUUUUCCCUUUUUUAGUGUGGUGCGAUUUGCAAAUUCAGAGUGUACCGGAAGUCACACUUUAAGUGGAACAUGUUUUACAAAACGUGAAUGUGUCAAUAUGAAAGGUGUAGAUUCUGGAUCUUGUGCAAAUGGUUUAGGUGUAUGUUGUGUUUUUGAAAAAACUUGUGGCUCUACGACGAGUAUUAAUAAUACAUAUUUUAUAAAUUCUGAAUAUCCAACGAGAUAUUUAGGAGGAGAACAGUGUUCAAUUUCUGUUUCUAGAUGUAAUUCAAAUAUUUGCCAGUUACGAAUUGAUUUCAUAGAUUUUCGACUCGCUCAACCAAAUGCAAAUGGUACAUGUGAUAAGGAUGUUGUAUUAAUUUCCGGAGGAUCAUCAAAAGUUCCACGACUUUGCGGUGAAAAUACUAAUCAACAUGUUUAUAUUGAUUUUAAUGCCGAUAAUCCAAUAACAAUUUCAAUUCAUACAAAUUCGGAUUUUAAUUUUGAUGAUCGACGAUGGAAUUUCAAAAUACAACAAAUUGCUUGUGAUUCAUCGUCAAGAGCGCCAACAGGAUGUCUACAAUAUUACAGUUCAAUUUCAGAUACAGUGAUGAGUUUUAAUUAUGGAAGUCUUGUAAAUACUAGAGCUCAAACUGUUGGAUCACGACAAAUGGCAAAUUUAAUGUACGGCGUUUGUGUGAGAAUGGCUUUAGGAUAUUGUAGUAUUGAAUGGUCCGAAUCAAAAACAAAUUCAUUUUUAGUUACUGGAAAUCUUGGAGCAAUUUCAAUUAAUGAUCCAGAUCCAAAUGUUGGCGCUGAAUCGGGUUCAGAUUGUGAUAAAGAUUUUGUUAUUGUACCAAAUCCAUACGACGAAUCAGGAUUAACAUUAAAAGCUGACAGAUUUUGUGGUACUAAAUUUGUCACAAAAUCCAGCAGUCUUAAACCUUUUGUACUUUACGUUGUCACCAAUGAGAAUUUUAUCGGUAAAAUUCAAAGCAGAGGAUUUUCCCUAAAUUACAAACAAACAAUUUGUGCAGUCUAAUUAUUUUAUAAUAAUAAUAUUUAAUAAAGGCAAUAAAAAAAAAAUUCAAAUUAUUAUAAAAUUUCGCGCGUAAAAAAUUGUCCAAAAGAACUCAAUUCUAAUUGGUCAGGCUGUCUGGGGUCGUGAAUUGAAAAUGCGUCAGUCAACAGUAGUGAAUAUGAUUAGAGUAGUAAAAUGGAGUUCAUGACGUAACGUUUUGUGUGUUAAAAGAGCUUCUGAUAAUUUCCGUCAUGACGCAUGCGUAAUUUGAGUUAAAAUCAGAAUUAGUUCAACGGAAUCCCAGAAAACUGGAAUCGUGUGAGUUUAGCGGCAGUGGAAAGCAAAAAAAAAAAAAAAAUUAGUGCGUCAAAUAACCUGUCAAGACAAAGUGAAAAAAAAAAUAGGAAAACAAUAAUUGGCUAUUCGAGGGUGAUUAUUUUCUGUUUAAACAAAGUCACAAGAGUGUGAGGUGCACGAUGUCGAAGCCAGAACAGAUUUUAAUUAUCGAACCGCAGAAUGAACUGCGAUUCAGGGG